UUUUCGGUCUUCGUGGGUUGUGUUGCUGCUUUCCUUCGGUAACUCGCAGAUUGUUUGUUGCGGAUUUCUGUUUAUCGCUGCCGCUACUAGUUUUUUUGUUGAAGGAGUUGGUCGUGGCUGGUAUCAGAUUUAGGUUUUCUCGAAUUUCUGAAGAAGGCUGGAGUUUAAGAACGGUUUAAGUGAUACAUUCAGGCCAAGAUGAGCCUACAGGAUGUGGAAGAGUUGAAGGCUAACCUUUACUCUUACAAAGAGCAGCUCCAGCAAGUGAAGGAAUUGCUGGUGGUGGAUCCUAACAAUGAGGAGUAUCAAGAGAUGGAGAAAGGUUUGACGGAGGUCCUAGAGUUGACAUAUGAUCUGCUCAAUGAAGCACAACAAGCCAAAGAAGAUACAACGGCUUUGGAGCAGGAGCAGCGUGAAGCUGAGGCUGCAAGGAUGCAGAGGCUUCCUCCUCAUCAAUCCGCCACUUUCGAGCCGCAUCAGGAGAAAAACUUGACUCAUAAUAUUCCAGGGAGACUUGCUGUUGGGACUAAAGUUCAAGCCAUGUGGAGUGAAGAUGGUCAAUGGUACAAAGCUACUGUGGAAGCAGUUACUCCAGGGGGCUACUUUGUCGUCUACGAUGAGUGGGGCAACAAAGAAGAGGUAGAUGCUUCGAAUAUAAGGGAGCUCAACAUCCCAGAUGACGAUGCCGAAGAUUUAGACAAGAUGCUCGAUGGAGCUGGAGCUGUAGCUGAGGUCGUUGACGAUGCAAAUGUGGAUCCAUUGUUGAGUGCCGAGCAGCAAGCUAACCUCACCAAGCUCGCGUUAAAGAGGAAGAUCGAAGAAGCAGCUAAAAUAGAUGUUAUUUCCAAGGAUUUGCCACCAAAAUUGCGAAUUAAACCUGAUGAUUCAGAAGAUGUGAAAGCGGCAAAGAAGAAAAAGAUCCAUGCUUUCAAGUCGAAGGCUAGGCUUGAACAGAUGGAGCUGACACAGAAUAAGCAUCAAAAUGCUUGGCAGCAGUUUCAAACUACAAAAGGGAAAACGAAAAAACAGCAAGUGGGGUUCUUCACGGGGCGUAAAAGGGAGAGUAUUUUUAAAACUCCGGAUGAUCCUAAGGGGAAGGUAGGUGUCACAGGUAGCGGAAAAGGAACUACAGAAUUUCAUAAGCGUGAGAAGCAUUUGCACCUGAAAGUUGGUGGUGUGGAUGGAGACGAUUAUGAAUGAGUAUGUAUGUACAUAUUCAUUCUCUUGUCAUUGAAUUGGUGUUUUUAAAAGAUCUGUGGAGUUCUUGUAUUCAAAAAAGCCAUUGAUAUCUGCAUUUAACUGUACUUAGAUUUAUUUAUUCAUUUAUUUAUUUUCUGUAUUGAAAUGUUA